GCCCCACUUCGGGUCGCUGCGCCAACGCAGAUCUGCAAUAUGGAUGGAUUACUGUUCGUUUUAAUACUAGAAGUGUCACUUCUUCAAAUAAGAAUCUUAGAAAAAAGCGCUGUUCGAAGUUUUCAACAACACGAGUUUUCCGACAAAAGUUACCAGCAAGAACUUGAUAAGCUUACGAGAGAUCGAAAUUUAGUAAAAGAUGUAAUAAGAAGGACUUUAUUGGAAAUAGCGGAAAACGGGAUUCCAUCAACUCUUCAACAAGCAGUGGAAAUGUUAACUAAAAGUUUAACAAGUUACGCAUCGAUAAAAAUAAGAAACGUGCAGUUAAAAACGUACGAUUAUUAUAAAAGCAUUGAUUCAAUUUUUCGGUAA